CAUGGCCAAUGACCAAACCACGAUAAGAGAGCUGCUCACAACGUACAAACCGCUGAUUGACUGCACCGCUUCUGGCAUAGGACCUACGACGAGCACCAAGUGGCCAAACCUUGGAAACAUCAAGAUCUGGGAAGACUUCACUCUGGCCAUUAUCGACCGUGAUUUCGGCUUCGCCCUCGAUGAUCCUUUCACGAUCAUGAACCCUCGUCCAGCUGGAUUUCCACUGCCAGUCGGACAUCAGAUCAACUCCCUAGCCGACCUCAACGCUUUGUUCAAGCGAAACGUAGACAUGCUGGAUGAAACCCUUGUUCAUGCCCGAAUGAUCUUGGACCUCCACUUUGACAAGCCGUGUGCGAGUGACUAUGCGACUGCUCAGGGUUAUGCUAAGUUCCUUACAAUCAGGUCAAACAUGGCAUUGCAACACGCCAUAUGGCUUGAACACCAACCCAUCCUAAACAUCCUAGCCGGCCUCGGAAAGACCAGCAAGCAGUGGUGUGGGAGUGCGCUACAAAACAACAUUAGAAACAAUGACGAGCCCUCGCAGCCACUCCUUUGGCCGGUGCGCCAGCUAGCCAAUAUUUGCAACAAGGCGAAUACACGGUUUGGAUAUAUUCAGACCGACAAGGAGCUAGUCGUGUUUGAAUUCACCCUACGCGCCGACGAGAAGUAUGAUGUGCGUUUCAUGCCAAUAAUGUGGUCGACCUUCGAUGGUCUGACAACAGACCUUGCACUCCUUUGCCUCUGCCUCAUCUCAAUGCACGUUGUCUUCCGAUUGAUGCCCUGGCGACUAAGAUGCUAA